AUGCGUCAACGAUUAGUGAAUAAACCUCGAUCCUCCAGUAGAGUAGUCAAUAAUGACAAUGGUCAGAAUGUCGGAAGUGUCCUGUUUGAUAAGAGCGACCUUAAGAGAAAAUGUUGGAACAAUGAGCAAUUGACGUUAUUGAUUAGCCGGCAUGUCUUCCAGGAUGUCUUACCUGAGGUUGGGAUGAUUGAUCCUGAAAAUAAUGAGUACAUCGGAUUGAUAAUGGAGUACAUGGACGUUUGUUUGGAAGUUAUUAGAAAAUUAGCGACAGAUAGAACUAGACACUUGAUGAUGCGAGCGUUGGCUGACACCAUGGCGGGUUAUCUUCACGUUUAUAUUCUUCCAGUAACAAAAAAAUCUUAUUACGCUGGUAAUAUCCAAUAUCAUGAUGCUAAAAAAUUAUUUGAUUUGUACGAUGAGUUGAAAGUCUUCUUGCAUAGCAAUGGAAUUGGUUGGGUGAAGCCUAAAAAUAAUGAAAUAAAAUUUAAAGGGGAUCCUGUUUCAACAGAAGCUGAUUCUCAAGCUUGUUCAAAUUUAAUUUUAUACCCUGAUGAUAAAGGAACCGUCGUACUGCCGAUGCCUUUUCUAGAUGACAAUAAAAAUCCCAACAGUAUAGCAUUGCCAUUUGAAAAUGAAAGUCUUUACUCUCUUUAUACCGAGAGCUCGGCAUUUAUUCUGUUAAAAUACUACGAGGUUGGUUACAGUUGUAUGUCAUCUUCACGAGAGAAAAGAGGAGGAGUUACCAAAGGCAAUAUCAAUAAAUUUGUUGAGCAACUUGAAGAUUGGUUGAAUCACGCUGUAAUUGGACAUCUGGAAGAUGAUAAAUGGUACCCGGCAUUUGGCGGAAUUCUGCGUGUGAUAACAAGUCUUGAGAUGUCAAAAACUGAUCCGAGUAAAAUCGAAGAUGAAGAUGACAGUCCAAUAGUAGGAGCAAUUAAUCCCUCGUCAACAUGCGCGCCAAAUGAAUCAAAUAAAUCAGUGUGGACUAAGUGGGGACAUAUUUUAAUUCCGUUACUAAUUGGAGUACUCUUUUGGCUGUUACUCGGUAUCUGUGUAGUGUGUUGUCGUAGAAAACAGUACGUCAGUUACCACUGCGGCGCACCCGUUUCUGUGGUAUACAAAAAUGCCAAGUGUAUAAAUCAAGAGGUUUCUUCUGGACGAGGCGCAAGAUAUUUUACGUGGCCAUGGAAUAAGAAAAAAUCAGAUUUAAAUUGCUCGUGUAGUAGUAAAAAUUUAAUAGAUAAAGAAGCAGAGGUAGAAAAGGAAGAAAAAUUUAUUGGUGAAAUGGAAUACGGAAAUUACGUGACAAAGGAAAUUAAUGAAAGAAAUAACAAUAUUGAUUUUAUUCCUAUUGAAAAACCAACAGCUAAAAGUGCCCCAAUUAAAUAUCCCGAUACGGUAAAUUAAUCCAAUGAUUCUACUAGAAGUAGAAGUAGGAGUAGAAGUAGUGACUAAUUUAAUAGAAUAGAAGAUAAAAGAUAAAAAGUAAAUACCCUUUAAUUUACAGGAUUCAGUUAUGUCUACUACGGAAAGAAGUAACUUUUCCGAUAACUCUAAAUCCUCACCCUCGUAAACUUAAAUUAUUAUAAAUAAAAAUAAAAAUAAAAAUAAUUUAGUCUGUGAAAUUCCUCGGGAAAUUCUUAUCUGUAUAUAUAGAUAUUUAAAUUGACUGGUACAUUAAGAAAGCGAGAGUAAAAGAAGUAAGAGAGAAAAAAGGGGGGCUUAAGGGAAAGGAAAUGUUGAAAAUACUUAAAGAGCUGGGAG